AUGCACACCACUCUACUUGACCCGGGCAGUCAGGUGGACCUUAACUCGCGGGUUGAUCAACUCACACAGAAGGUCGAUGAUCAAAACAACCUGAUUGGCCAGCUACUCAGGCAGAUCAACUUGAAUCAAGGCCCCAAACUUGGACCCCGUGACGAGGAGAGGAGGGCACACGAGCAUGCUGGCGAGCAGUUCGAGAGGUCCCAGGCUAGUCAGACAAGGGCAAACCGGCAGGGGAGAGAGCGAGAUCGUGCAGACGAGACGCAGACAGCUGCGAGCCGUACUCUGAGCCGUUCGAGGUUAGGACCCAGGACCAAUGUGCUCGAGAGGCUAGGCCCACAAUCCAAUGUUCGUGCUCGCUUAGGUCCACAAGGAGCUCGAGUUCGUGAGCGGUCGCGGCGACAAGCUGUGGAGGGAUCCUCCCAAACUCAACCUUCUCUCCUGCCCCAUCGGCAGGGCAACCAAGGGGAUCGACCCUUGGGAGCCGGAGAAGAAGUUAGCCAAUCACGUUCGAGGCACCAAAGACGUCGACCUGAACGAGCUUCCUUGCAAGCAGAGGAUGACGAUCAACGCUCACCAGCCCGCUCGAGGUCCGACAUGCAGCGACAAGCUGUGGAGGGAUCCUCCCAAACUCAACCUUCUCUCUUGCCCCAUCGGCAGGGCAACCAAGGGGAUCGACCCUUGGGAGCCGGAGAAGAAGUUAGCCAAUCACGUUCGAGGCACCGAAGACGUCGACCUGAACGACUUUCCUUGCAAGCAGAGGAUGACGAUCAACGCUCACCAGCCCGCUCGAGGUCCAACAUGCGGCGACAAGCUGUGGAGGGAUCCUCCCAAACUCAACCUUCUCUCCUGCCCCACCGGCAGGGCAACCAAGGGGAUCGACCCUUGGGAGUUGGAGAAGAAGUUAGCCAGUCACGCUCGAGACACCGAAGACGCCGACCUGAACGACCUUUCUUGCGAGCAGAGGGUGACGAUCGACGCCCACCAGCCCGCUCGAGGACCAACACGCGGCGACAAGCUGCAGAGGAAUCCUCACAACCUCAAUCUCCUAAUCUGCCUCACGGGCAGAGCACCCAAGGGGAUCGACCCUUGGGAACCGAGGAAGAAGUUAGCCAGUCGCGCUCGAGGCACCGAAGACGUCGGCCCGAGACUCCAACCCUGCGAGCAGAGGAUGUCGCAAAGCUAGUAAAUGACCAACUCCGAGGUCUCCGACUCAAAGGAAGCGCGGAGGAGGCCCUGUGCAAGGAAAUUGAUCGAGUUGACUGCUCGCCCUUUACCGACGAGGUGGAACGAGCUCCGCCGCCGAAGCGGUUUACAACGCCAUCCAUCACUCCAUUCAAGGGGGACUCUGACCCUGAGAGCCAUUUGAGGCACUUCAAGAGCGCCAUGAUCCUGUACAAGGCAGACGACGCCCUGAUGUGCAAAGUGUUCGCGAUGACUCUGCGAGGAGCAGCUCAGGAUUGGUUCCACACUCUACCGUCCGCGUCAAUAGGCAACUUCAAGGAGUUCGCCAUCAUUUUCACAAAGGAGUACACCUCCUACAAGACGGUCAGAAAGCAUGCAGACCACCUGUUCAACCUGCGCAAGAAGCCAGACGAGUCUCUACGAGACAACCUGAGACGGUUUAAGGCUGAGAAGGCUAACAUCAUAGGAUGCAACGACCAAGUUGCAUCCUCAGCAUUCAAAAAGGGCUUGCCAACCGAGCACGAGCUAUACCGGGAGCUGGCCAUAACUCCAAGUCAAACCUUGGCAGAAGUGUUCGCGACGGCAGAGCGCUACGCACUUUGGGACGAUGAUCGUAUCGCCGCAAAGAAAGCUAGCAAGCAAGUUGACCACCCGACGAAGCAGGCAAGCCAAAAGAACAACAAGUUCGAGCAAAAAGCCCGAGAUAAGGGCAGAUCGCGGCCCCAAGAGGGAAGCUUAGAAACAGGGACCUUCACUGAGUUCGCUAUCCCAAUCCACCAGAUCCUAGCUCAGGUGAAGGAUAAGCCGUGGGUGAGGAGACCACCACCCAUGAAGGGAGACCCCUCUAAAAGAGACACCAGCAAAUACUGCGCAUUCCACGGGGAGCACGGUCAUUACACCAACAACUGCAACGCUUGGAAAAGGCACCUUGAGGAGCUGGUCAGAGAAGGCCAUUGCACAGAGUUCGUUGCAAAGAAGGCUAUCCAGCAGAUCGAGGAUCGUGAUGUAGCUGCCAAGGAACCUCCCCAAAAGGUCAUUCGAAUCAACACCAUUCUAGCCGACUCCCAAGAGUCCGGGCUGACCACCAAGGAGCGCAAGAGAAAGAUCGCGCAGGCAACUUAUGUCUCCCAAGUCACAACGGGAAUACCAGCUGUUGGGGAUACACCUAUCAUCGGCUUCCAGAAGAAGGACUUGAUCGGGCUUGACCUGCCACAUAAUGACGCCCUAGUCAUCUGCAUCCAAAUUGAACAAGCUGUGAUCGAGCGAGUUCAUGUAGAUGAGGGCAGCGCAGCCAACAUCCUGCAACUAUCUGUUAUCCAACAGAUGGGGUUCGAGCCCAAAGAUUAG